GCCUCCUUGAUGCGAGCACGCCGGCCGCUGAGACCGCGGGGGAGGGCAAACUCAUGCCGCUGCAGCGCAAUGCGAUGGUGACUGCGGGAAAACUUUAUGCUUGGUCAUGGACGUGCAAGUUGUUGGCUGGACCGUUGUGUGGGUGGCGCUCUUUCGCGUUGUUCGAAUCGCCAACGGUGGCCGGUGAGCUAAAAAUACUGGAGGCCAACAAAGAUCGAGCGACCGUCGUGCACCCUCGGCCUUGAGGGCACAGCUGGAUUCACCGCCGAUUUCAAACACGAUGAUGCAACCUGCUGCUGAAGACCGUGCUGCACCCGGCAGUGCCAUCCCUCCCUCGACGACGACAACCCCACCGGCGACUGGCCAAGGGAAGAUUCGCAUCGUGCCCAUGCGAACCGUGCACGACAGUGCCGACAACUACCCUGAGCUCGACACCGGGUCGGAUGGCGUUGACCACAACGGGAUCAUGGUCGGGCAGUGGAAGCAGCCCCUCUUCGGUUGCAUCGGGUCGUGCAUCCCCAACACGUGCGCCGCCGCCACGUGCCCGUGCGUAUCCGCCGCGCAGAUCGCCCAUCGCAUGGGCGUCGCGCGGUUCGUUCCGGUGCUGUUGAUCUUUGGCGUGUUGUACAGCGUGUGCGUCAUCUGCGUCGCUGCGUCGACUGCAGGCGGCCUAGCUGUGGCCGCGAUCGCAGGCAUUGGCAUGUGGAUGUACCUGUAUCGACUGCGCACGACGAUUCGCGUCGCAUUUCAAAUUCCAGGCUCGAUGCUCGAGGAUCUGUGCGCCACCAUGUGCUGCACCGUGUGCAGCUUGUCUCAAAUGGGCGCCCAUAUCGAGUCGUACGAUGCCAAGAACGCGUGCACCCUUCGCCCCAAGUCCGUCCUGCCCGGCUACAAUGUCUAGCCGGACGUGUGCCGCUAAAGAUCUUCAUAAAUGUACAACGGUGUGCAACUCGCACGCUGGGUAGUGGCUCG